CUUCAGACCCAGAAUUUUUCAUAUUUUUAUACAGACAGACUCUUAACACAGACAAGAUCAACAAAAUGACUUGGAAGUCUUUUAACUUUCCGUUCUCAUCGCAAACACAACGAAAGAGAAACAGAAGAUGCCAUUAACAGUUUGAAGACCGUUUUAUUUGGAAGAGAGUUCAAGGAAACUGGCAGGGGAAACAGUUUAUAGGCAGAGAAUAAGCUGGCACCAUAUUAAAAAAGUGAUACUGGCAGAACGAAUCUCAAGUGACUUGUUACCGUAAACUAGACAAAGCAGACCAAAUCCUUUUGUACAUGGCUACUUGCUUACUUUUUCAUUUAGAAGAAAACGUGGAAAUCCUCUGGAACCUUCUAAAACAGAGCAAAGUAAAUAUCAGUGCCGCCUUCUACUUUUUGCUGGUGGCAGACAUGAAGCCCGUCUAAAUUGGGAGUGUGAUCUUGCUCGGCAGACCGGUUCGGAUCCCACCCCCGCCUCCAGCGGCGGUGCAGGGCGUGUCUGGGGUAGCCUCGGCGGGGCUGGUACUCCAUUCGAAGAGACAGUAGGCUGUAACACCAGUCACGGAGUCACCUGCCGCUACUGGUUAGCUGUUGGUCUCUGCUCUAAAACCCAGUGUCGACAAGGUGGUAUCUGACUCAAAGCUAAAUAACUUUAUAACCCAACAAAAAAUUACACUUUUAUUGCGUGUACCACAAGAUGACGACGAAUCAGUAAGGGUGACAGAUUUACAGAAAGGUGUAUUCAAGGAGGUUGGCUGUUUCUACCAACGGGUUUUUCUACUUGGACAUUUGUCUGCUGAUUUGUGCAUUCGUACAGGUCGUAUUGUUUGUAGUUAACGAGUAUCUGCUACUGUUUACGAAAACACCAACGGCAGGCAGGUGCACUAUAGGGUUUUGGACAUGAUGACACCCAACUCAACCGGCUUUCAGACGCUCUGUUUCCUCACUUUGUUGUGUUGUGGAAUCCUGUCAGGACAAGUGCUUAGAUUUUACAUAGCAAAUGGAAUUAUCGGAGAAGCAGUUCGUAUACCCUGCAAUCGUACAAUUCCAGACAAUUUGAUAUUUGUAAAAUGGAAAUAUGAACGUCCAGAUGGAGUGCCGGUUUCUCUUGCCACCAAGUCUGUGUCAAAAGAGACACCGCAGUUUGAUGAUGUACCAGAAUAUGUAAAACGGCUGAAUGUUUCAGAAGAUUUUUCUCUAAUAAUCAGCAAUGCAGGGAUAAGGGAACAUGACAGAAGAUUUGUCUGUAUGGUAACAACAACUGAAGAUGUGUUAGAAGCCCCUGCUUUGGUCAAGUUGUUCAAGCUUCCAUCAGAGCCUGAAAUUAUCAACAAAGCACAAUUUCUGGAAGUUGGAAAUAAGCAAAAGCUUGGUGAUUGCAUAGCAAGGGAGAGUUUUCCAGAAGGAAAUGUCACUUGGUACAGAAAAGGAACUAUCCUGAGACCAGGUGAUGGAGAUGUUGAAAUAAACUUGCGUAUAGAGAAGAAUCCAACAAGUUCAUUUUAUACCACAACAUCUGAACUACACUACAAAGCUAAAAAAGAAGAUGUCCACUCUGAUUUUUCCUGUCAGGUGACUUUCUUCGUACCAUCUGGACAGAAUUCGUCUCUCUCCAGGAAGGAAUAUUUUGACGUGCACUAUCCAACAGAAAAGGUGACAAUCGAGGUAGUGCCUCCUGUAGGGUUUGUGAAUGAAGGAGACCACUUCACCAUAAAGUGCACAGGGGAUGGUAACCCUCCCCCACAGGAGUUUGAAUUUCAUACCCCACUGGAAAGUGAAAAAGUGGUAUCUUACAACUACACAGUGGUUAGUGCAAAACGAAAUGCUACAGGAGACUACAGCUGUGCCCUUAACCAUGACAAAGAAAAGAAAGCUUCCCUGUCAGUAGAGGUGAACUAUCUUGAUAUGUCAUUAACUCCAAAUGGAGAAGUUAACAGAAUGGCUGGAGAGAAUUUAUCUGUGCUGUGCAACUCUUCUUCCAAUAAACCUGUGUCACUUACAUGGAAAAAAGACAACAAGAAGAUUGAUCCUCCUAUAUUUAAAAAACUGCAUUAUCGUGAUUCUGGAAGCUAUGUCUGUGAAGUUGGUUAUAAAGGUGGUGAAGGCACAAGGCUAAGGAAAACCUUGAUUCUUACUGUUGAAGGAAAACCUCAAGUUAAGGUUACAAAGAAAAUAUCAGGUGGCAUGAAGAAGAUUAACUGUUCUGUGGAAGGUUUCCCUAAGCCUGAUGUGUUCUGGAUACUGGCAAGCAGUCCAUACUCAGGAAAUAGUACUGAGGAAGAACCAUAUGUAAAUCAGAGGUUUACCAGCUCCAUCAAAAUUGAGCCAAAGGAAAAUGUCACCGUAACAUGUGUUGCUGUAAACAAGCUGGGAAGAGCAGAUGAUAUGGUGAAUGUAUCAGCUGUAAAUAUUCCCGAUGAAGAAAGCGAAACCAGGGAUGAUGACAUUGUCACUGUUCAUGACCAGGCAAAGCUAAUUAUCGCAGUUGUGGUUGGUCUUUUAGCAGCAGCUAUAGUGGCUGGAGUAGCCUAUUGGAUCUACAUGAGAACAAAACAGAGAAGCCCAUGAGUGGUCAUGAUGGAUUUUGGACAUUAUUUUAACAUGGACUUGGACUUUAUGAACAUUUUUACAUAGAAGAUGACAACAGCCCAUUUCUGUCUGGAGACCAGCUGUACUCACCUCAAGUCAAACUGCACCAUUUUAAUAAAUGACAGGUCAAUAUUUUGUUGUUAAAUCUGUGAGAUUCAUUUUGUAAAUGUCUGCACUGAAGAUGCUUUCUGUGUGCCUUUAUUGUAUAAAUAUUUUUAAAUGGUGAAUAUGUUAAAAUUGUUAAAAUUACACAGUUUUGUUUUGUAGGUUUCCAUUACAAUGUACAUUAUAUUGUAUAUACAUUUUUUUACUUGCACAAUUUAAUUUGUAUUCACUCUUGUUAAUAUCAUAAAGUCCCAAAGUUUACAUACUUGGGGUUACGUCUGUAUGCAUAAACAACAUGAUUGUCCAUAAUGAGGUUAUUUUGGUGCUUCCCAUAAUUUUCUCUUAAAAGUUUGAGUAAGGAACUCUAACCAUUUGCAUUGGCAAUACCUUGUUUUAUUCAAUGGAACAAAAUGGUAAAAAAGUUAAACAUUUUAAGAAAUUGUCAUUAACAAUAUACUGAAUUUAGGCUGAUGAUUGUAAUUCUGAUAAUUGACCAAAGUGCUCUAAAGCCUUGACCUGUUUAUGCAGGCUUAAUGGCAUGUGUUAAAUAUUAGCAUCCACAAUAUGCGUGCAUGUAUUGCUGGUAGUGUCUAUCAUGAGUCUUGGCUGCAAACAUGAAGAACUUGAAAAUUAAGCUAUUGAGCUUUAGAAUGAAGGAAUAUGGGGGACAAGGCAUUUUAACAUAGGAAUUAGUAAUUUGCUUUGUGUAAUUGGAAGAGCACAGAGAGGAUGCCUGGCCAAGAACAGAACCUCACCAAGUACUGAUCUAGCACUGUAAGUAACAUUGAUUUGAGUGUAUCAAAAGAAUUGUUUAAACAUAUUUGAGCUUACAUAAUGUACCAUGUACAUGAAUGAAAGCUAUUAUUUCCACUUCUAAAUCCAGCUGUGAAUCAAUACCAUGUUAACUCAUCAUCUGUUGUAUAUUUUUUUACUCUUGGCUGUAUCCUUUUUAUUGAAUUUUGGAUGUCUGAUUAAUUUGCUGUCUGCACUUAAGAAGUCAGUUGCUGCUUUAAAAUACAGAAGUUCGCAAAACCAGUUAUUCAUUGUAAUAAACAUUUGUGUAAAAAAAAAACUCCUUACCUGUGGAUGCAGAACACUACAAUAUGUUUGUAAUUUAUAUGGGUAAGGCAGUACAAUAGCACAGUGUUUUAUGACCCACCCUCUUAAUGCAGCUCAUGUACUGAAUGUGUAUUCUGGGAGGGAUUUCAGUAUUUGCAAUUGCUACCACUCACGUAAAAUAACUGCUCCAUGAACAAGUUUAUUAAGAAUUAUUGUCUUAUCAACACUGCAGUGUAAAUUGCAUUUCAUAUAAUAAAAAAUAUACUAAAUGCUUAGUGAAUGAAUGUUCACUCUAAUAAUUGUUUGAGUUAGUACCACUAUACUCCUAGUAUUCCUCAAGCUUUAUCAGUGCAUGUAAAUGAUAUGUGUUUUAGAAGUGUGUGAGCAUCAUGCAGGUAUGCACAGCUAAAGAAAUGUCUGUAGUAGAAAAGGCUGUAGCAAACGAGUUGGCGCUUCAUUUUUAUAAGAGUUUUCACAGAGUUAUUGUUGGAAAAAGUAGAAAGAUGUUCAUCAUAUUUCUACAGUUGCAGUAGUGAUUACCUCUAGGGACUUAUGUCAGAGAAGGCCAAAUAUCCAACCUGAUGUCCAGUGCUUUUUUCUCAGUCAUCCCUCUCCUGGCUGGAUGGAUGCCUUCCCACCUGGAUAUCAGUACAUUAAGUGGUAUAAAAAAGGCAUCCACCAGUGCCAUCUUUCAUUCUUCCCUGCCUCAUUAUGAGUCUAGAUCAUUGUAUAUUGUGCUAGCAUUCAGCAGCAUUUCAUUGGUUUGGCCUGGAUUCCAAAGAUUCAGUUAAGUACCCCACUGGAGAACCAUUCUAAUCUCUUUGACUAUAUUAUGCAUGUGUAUUUACAGCUGUUAUAGUUUUUUGGGGGGUUUCAGUUAUAGAUAUCAGAAGUUAAAGUUUGUAAGUACAUUUCAUAAAGACUUUCUCACACACCGUGUAUUUUUUGGGCCUAUAAACAUGAUGUCACCAAGAGCCCACACUGUGCAUGCUUAAACCAGAAGACUGUUAUAUGGAGAGUAAGGUUUCUCCAGAACUAUCUGAACCAAUGAAAACUGCAUGCCUUGACCAAGGCCACUAUGGUGUCAUCCAAGUCUACCAUAGAUGCACCACAAAAAAGGAGAGUGGUGCUCCCAUUUGAAGAAUGUACAGUAGGAGGGUGAUAUUCUUUUGGAGAUCAAAUAUCUCCCUGGACUGGAGAGUGUGUGGUCUGGUGAGAUGUCUUUACAGCUCCUAACCUGACUUCUACAGAUUGUACUGAAGGCCUCUAGCAUUCCCCAUUAGGAGACUGCCAUGAGUUCAGAAGACAGUACACUCUCCCAAGCCAGAAAUACUCCAUUUGAUUGAUCUGGAUGCUUCCCUGUGGGUUACUGGUUCUGACACCCAUAGCUUGAUUUCUAAGUCUGAGGGCAACCCCAGUUCUAAAACUGAGGUAAUUGGCAUCUGUCUACUUGAGGGGAACAAAGACAGCCACUCCAAAAUCCGGGCCCAAGACUUCUAGACAGCAGACUUCCACCAUCUUGCCUCAUUAUGACAUGGGUGGACCUUCGUCCCUUUCUGCUUUCUCAGACCCAUCUCAAUACAUAAUAAAAUUGCUCCAGUAUUUUCUACACUUAAGAAUUAACAGUCAUCUUAAUUACAACAGUCCAUGUUGAGAACUCUAGACUUAAGAGAAGAAAGGAGACAUCCCCUUUGGGCAGUCAGAUUCCUCUGACUCAGGAAUGUAUAAUCUGUAAUGCAUGGACCAAAUGUCUUCAUUUCAGAGUUUUGAAUCAAACACUGAGGAUUCCUUAUCCUUUACCACCUCAACAGAAUGAAGCAUUUACUAGUACAUCUUUGGAGAUCAGCUCCUAAGAAACCAGACAUUUUUUAGAAUGGUGCAUUCCUAUUAAUAUAUUUAUAAAGCAUCCUGCUGCUGAUCUAACCAUGGUGACUAUGGAUACCAGCAAAGCCCCUUCUAGGGCUCCAACCAAGAACCCACUUCCCAGUGACUAGGAAAGGGAAAUACUACACCUCCUUGGGAAGGUCUACACCUCUUACACCCUGGCCUCAGGGCUCGAAUUGCUAAAGUCACAUGGUGAAGUAGCAAGGUUCACAGCUAUCUCUGUUAAAAGGUAUGUCUGAAGAGAUGCCAAAGCUCUAGGGUAUUAGUGCUAGACCUAUGUAACUUAUCUUCACAGGUAGCAAAGCAUCUCAUCAAAUACAGGUAUGAUACUGUUGUAUGUCAUGUACAAUGUCAGCUUUGAGAUCAGUGAUAUGGAAACAUGCCUGGUGAGAACUACCAUCCCCACUGGACCACUUAAAACUGAACACUUCAAUAUCCCACUUGAGAAGGAAGUGUUUUUUUUUUCUGCCCCUACAGAAUAAGUUUUUUUUUUUUUUUUAAGCUGGAGGAAAAGGGCAAGACUCUCAGUUAGUGAAACAGGUGAUUCAUUAACCCGUGUCCAUCUAUAUUAGAAAUCCUACAAAAAAUUUACCCCAGAGGCAGAAAAAAGGAAAACAGAUUAAGUGGUAGAGAGUCCACUACAAGCAGAAAUGGCAGGACCAAAAAAAGGAAGCCUGGAGUCCCUCCAUGCCAAGACCACAGGAGAGAACAGAAACAGAGUUUGUCCAUCCUUCACUCCCACCAUCCCAAAUUUCACCACAACCCCCGUUCUCCAAAAUUCAACAUUCAAAAAAUGGGAGGGAGGUCACUUGGACCUUUUUGUGAGUGAGUGAGUGGGGGAGGAGUCACAAAAGACACUAUGAUGCCAAAAUCAUAGCCCAAGGUGCAGACUACAUUCCAUUUAAAAAAAAUGCUCAAAUUCCAAAGGAAUUUGGUACAUUUCUAAUAAGGUCUCUUGUGGCAAAGGGCAAUAGAGAGAGUACCACAUCUAGAAGAAGGCAAAUAAUUUUCCCCAAGACAAUUCAUGGCACUAAUAGAAGAUGGCUUUAAGAGGCCAGUCUUAGCUAAACACGUUUCUGAAGGUUGCAAAUUGCAGAAGGCCUGACUUGCAAACUUUCCUCCUUCCCACCUUCCCCAAAGUCUUCAUGCUAACAUUGGCUCUGCAGGAAUCCUACCUCUGUAUACCACUGAUCAAAGCAGACAGGCAGUUCCUCAUCUUUAAAUAGGAAGAUCCCACUUCCAAUUCACUUCCUUGCCUUUUGGUUUUUCUAAUGCACCCAGGGUAUUUACAAAAUGGCUGGCUCCAGUAAUUGCCAUUUACAUAACCUACCUGUAUCUGAACAACUGCCUAUUAGGAGUAAUAACUCGGGAAGCCCUGCACUUCAACCUUUCAUGCUUUAAGAUUCUGAGACUCUCAUGAAUCUUCCAAAGUCCCAGCUGUUUCACAAAAAGCAUACAUUGUUCUUUGGGGCCAUAGCUUGAAGCUGGACAUCAGAAAGCCUUUAUGCCCAGGAGAAAGUGACUUUUCUCAGCCAGUAACAGUAACAGCUCAACCACAUCUAAGGACAUUGAGCUAUUUAUUAUUAAUUAUUUUAUUAAUGUUUGUUUACUGGGGUGAAUGAAAGGGGAAACAAGUGCCCAUUUUCUACAGAGGCCCAGGGAGAACAAUUCUAUACGUUCCAUAAGAUGUUACAACUUUUUACAGAGUAGUAUCCCCUAGCCAGACUACACAUGAGGAAGUUCCAGUGAUCCCUAAAAAACAGAUGGUGUCAACAUCUGGCCUCCCUGCCUAUCCUGUAUUUAAAGGAACUCUCAAGUUGGGCACAACAAAUGAGCCAAACCUAAGAAUCCCAUUCAAACUGAGGACAGUUACCCAGACAUUAACCACAGGCAAGACUCCUCAGCCACUGGCACAGGUUACAAAAGAAGACAUAUCAGUGUAAAGAAGAUAGAAGUGAUUCUGUCAGGGUUGCAAAACAAAUUUGAAAAUAUGCAAUUAUGUAGAUUUUCACAGGCAACACUACCGUUAUGCAGUAGAUUACUAUUUAUGCAGGCUAGACAUGAAACAGUGAUUGAUAUUCAUUAGGUCAGUGUUUUGCAGUAUCAUAAUCAAUGUUCAAGAUGCUUUCCCUUCUGUCUCAGUUACCUUUCAUCCCAUGUCUUAGUCUUUUGCUAACCUUGAUUUAAAUGAUCUGUAUCAUUACAUCCCAGUUCUCAGUGACCCCAGUUUUUUUUUUUUCAGAUUUUUCGAGUUUGGCUUAAAUUUUCAGUUCUGUAGCUUUCCAGUUGAGCUAUCUACAGCUCCAAGGGUGUUCAUGGAAUACCUGGCACCAAUAAUAACUCAUUUCUGGUAGCAAGGCAUUCACAUUUUCCUUAUUUAUAUGACUGCCUUAUAUUUGCAGGCUCAUUUCAAAACGUUGGGGAUCUCUAACCAGGGUAAAGGACCACAUUCUCAGUCUGUGAUUCUGGAUGUAUUUACAGAAUUCUUCUCUCAUUGUUUCUCACAGGAUAGUAUUUCUGGGAUGCUUUCUGGAUACAUCUCUCAUGAGGGCUUUUCUUCCUCAGGACAAAGUAGACCUUUACAAAGAACAGUUUCUGGUUUUCUCCAAGAAGCCCCUGAACUCACCCAGGGAAUAUCGCAGGAUUCUGGGUUCCAUGACUUCCACACAUUCCAUGAUUAAUCUUGCUAGACUUCUCAUGAGAAAAUUUCAGUGAUUCCUCAAAUCUGUUUGGACUCAACACUAGCACCAACCAUCUCUUCAGAUCUCAUUGUUGGGGGGUUUAUCAAGUGGGAGUUGGUCUCCCCUUUUUCUUUAUAGCUCCUAAUUAGUCUAAAAUCAUAGAUGCCCCAGACUUUACUUGGGGAGCUGUUUCUAAUGGAGGUGAAAGUCCAGGGUAUUUGUCCCAGGUAGCAGUGAUGCUCCCUUCUGUUGAAAAUGAUUGAGUAAUUGCCAGAAGCUCUUUCUUAAAAUGGGCUUACACAAGACAGGAGUUGUUUGAUGCAACCCAGCUUUCAACUUCUUCAGUUUGGUGCUUAGAUGAUAGAGUUAUAAUAGUUUUUAGGCGAUAGAUUUCUGAGGAUGUGCAGCAGGUAUUAAAAACGGCUAAGAAACGUGCUACUAGAAAAUCACAUAUGGGUAAGUGGGAAAAAAUUCUAGUUGGUGUCAUAUUAAGAACAAUGACCAUUUUAAGGCUCAGAUGCCUCUGGUUCUACAAUAUUCAUGAGAGUUAUCUUUUGGCCUUAACUAUCAAGAUUCACCUUUCAUCCAUCUCUGCUGAUCUGCCCAUCAAGUCCGCAUUUCUACCUAGCCUCAAGUCUCAACAUUUUUGAAAGGGAUUCUGAAUAUCCAUUCAUCAAUAAAACAGAUGCCCAAUUCUUGGGACCUUAAUUGUGUUGUACAGAAACAUAUUCAUUUUCCAUUAGAACCAGCUUACCAAGCUGAUUUGAAGUUCUUAACUUGAAAAACAAAAUUUCCUCAAUGCUCUUACCUUUUUAAGGAGAAUAUCUGCAUUACAAGCUCUUAUAAUUAGCCAACCUAUUUAUUUUUCAUACAGAUGGGUCAUCUUUAUGAACAAUUUCAUUUAUGCCUAAAGUGAUUGCAGAGUUUACUUUGAAACAAGCUAUUUAUUCCCUUGAGUUUUUUCCAAAUCCCAAAAACUUAGGAAGAAAGGAUUUUACAUAUUCUGGAUGUCCACAGGCAACGUAGAUACUAAAACCUUCAGGAAUUUGAAUCAACUUUUUAUUUCCUUUGAAGGUAAGAAGAAUGUGCAAUUGUGGUCAAAACGAACAAUUUCCUGAUGGUUGUCUCAUGCUAUUGUGCUUUGUUAUUCACACGAUGACAAGUCACUUCCGGGUGAGCUCUGGGCCCAUUAUACCAAGGCUUAGGUGGCUUCUGUGACUUUGUGGAAAUUAGUGUACUCUAGAAGUAUUUUAGAGACCACAAUUUUCUCCUCUGUGCAUAGUUUUACAAAAGAUUACAAAUUAGAUUAUUUUUCCGUGUCCAAAGUGGGUUUUGCUAGGACGAUUCUCCAGAUGCUCCUGGACUCUGACCUUUCUUUUUUUCUCCCCCCUUUCUUUUUAAACUGUGCUAGUCUACGAGUAUAGCUCAGGUUACUGCAACAGUGAUCUAAUGAUGAACACAGUACAUUAACGUACCACAAUAUUAGAUAUUCAACUAGAUCACUGUUGCAGAAGGGUCACUUCCCCAUAUCCCCUAUUUUGGGGUUAUGAUUUUUGCCAGUGUGUGGAUAUUUUUAUUUAUCCAUAUUUUCCUAACAUAUGCCUAAAGUGCAGGAAUCUAGCCUACUUAGUAUGGGGCAAGAAAGUUCUGAAGGUUUGAAACCCUAACCAUGGACUUCGAACUGUUCUCCCUGAACCCUUGAGCAGUCAGGGCACAUGGAAGGUGCCCCAAAGCAUUGGAUGUUGGCCAGUUGUCAUAUCCUUAGCAGGCUAUAAGCCAUAUAGUUUAGCCUACUGCUGCAGUGAUCUGUUCAAACAUCUGUUAUGGUAAAUUAACUUACACAGCUGUAUUUUUCUAGCCCAGGAGGUAGGUAUGAUCCUCAGGCAAUCCUAUAUCCCUUCUAAGGACAGCAUGAUUUCAGAAAAGAUGCUGACCCAAACAAAUGGAUGUAAGGGAUAUUUUUCUGUAUCUGGUACAUAUGUGGGGUGUGCAGAAGCCUCCCCUUUUGCUUCUCCUGAACAACUACAAACAUUUUGCACAAAAAUACAUUUUCCAUGGAUCUGGAAAAUAGAUGCUUUCUCCAUUAGCUGGACAGGCCUAUUUCUGUAUAUCUUUCCUCCAAACCUCUGGAGAUUACAAAAUGUAAUGAAGGACAAGCCAAAAAUGCUACUGAUAGCUCCUUUGUGGCUGAGACAACUCUUCCUCCUAAUGACCAUAAGGAUAUAGCUUGUACUGCUGCUUCAGCAUAUGUGCCCCUUUACCUAAAAUAAGGGUACUCACAUAGGUUCAUAGCGAAGUAUAGGCAUUUUAAGCCUAGCCAGUUUCCCUUUUGGUACCUGAAUUAACCAAUCCCAUUUGGAGUUAGAUUAGCCUUACCCAUCCCAUGUUGAUGAUUAUAUAUUACCCACAGGGAGAAUAACUGCAAUCAUACUAUAUAUAAUUUGAGGAGAACCAUGUAUGGGGUAAAGCACUUAGAAACUGCCUGAGUCCAUUUGUAGUACAGGAGCAAUUCUGGGGUAAAUUUCUUGUUUAUCCUUCCAGAGAUCUAAGUUGUACUUGAAUAUGGAUAUGGCCUUGUUUUAUGUAGAUGGGGAGUCUGUUGUAGAACAGCGGUAUCCUGUGUGGGAUCCCUAUCAGUUGAUUGAGUUUUCAAAAACUCAAAAUCCAUAUGAUCAAGACCUUAUGACUGAGCUUUUGAAAACUCAGAGCUUUUGAAUGGAGAUUGCAGUACAGCGAGGACUGGGAAAUUUAACCUUUUCUUCACUGUAGUGCGAUCUCUGAGUUGGUAUAUAUAAUUUUCAGGGGGGGUUGUGCAGGGGGGCUUUCCCCCCUGCAUAAACAUAAAAAAAGUAGAUUUUUGUUUUGUUUCUUUGUUUUUUUUUUUAUGAUCAGAAAUGUGAUCAUAUAGUCUUGACCAUAUGAAUUUUAAGUUUCUGAAAACACAAUCAGUUGACAUAGAUCCACUAUUGAGAUGUACCCAUAUCUCCAAACCAUUCUGUUGAUGCUGCAGAAGAGAUUUAGAUCCUUAGACCAAUUAUUUCUGAUGGCAUAUGACUUACUAAUGUACAGUAGGUCUAUCAGUAUUUGGUUGAAGGAUGCCUUGUAUGCCAAACACAGGUCACCUCUUAGGAAUAUGUAGGAUACUGAGUAUAGUGAUAGGGCUUUGGUUCUGUCCAUGUAGGGUAGGACAUGUUAUUUAGACACUGUAUCCCCUUAGUUAAGGUAUUUCCGUGUGUGUUUCUGGACAGAUACAUGCCAAAGGGGGCAUUAUACUUGCCCUAAUGAGGGCUAAAUAAAGGGGGACAAUAACAUCCCUAGAUCUAAACACAGUCCCUUUGUUUGUAAGUUACGCAAUGUAGAAGGCUUUCUUGUGACAGUGGACACGUGCACCUCAACCUGAUUAACUUAAGGUGAAAUGCAUGGAUGAUCUCUCUCAUUCCCUUCAGGCACAUGCUUUCUGUGUCAAGCAAGACUAGGAAUCUAAUACAAGGAAUUUGUACCUGGGAAAAAGAUGUUUCCUGUGGUGCCAAAGGAGAUGCCAAGACCAGACUUAGUCCUUGGUGUCCUUUGUCCUCGAUUACCUGUCUCACCUGUUUUUAACAUCUUUAUAAAACAUGACAUUUUUAAAAAGUGACAUAGGUACUUGGUACAGUAUUUGAAAAGAAAACAAAUUGUAAUAAUAUUUCCUUUGUUUUCGUGCAGUAUUUGUACAUGUUUUCUUUUUAACAACAUCCACACCUCCAUUACAUAAAUUGCUCUGUUCCAGUCUUCCCUUAAAUUUCGCUCCUUAACCUAACCACUCUUAUGCAAGUAUUGUUCUUGGAAAUUCCAUUUAUUUCUAUGUAACUUGUUCCUUCUCUUUUCUAAAGGUCCUACUUCCUAUUCCUUUAUCUCCUUUAAAAUAUGUAUUACUUCAGUUACAGCUCAUUUAGAUUUUGAUUUCCAUUUUUUAGUAAUUGCUUUUUUUCAGCCAAUAGCAUUAAACUUCACACAACCUUACUAUGUCUUUGGGCAGUUCAGACUGUAUAUCCCAGCUGAAAAGAAUCGGUUCCUUAGUUAAAAACAUUUGCUUCACCAACACUUUAAAAAAAUUCCUUACAGAGGAAUUUGUCAAAAUCUGCCAACUCUUUAAAUUCCCAAAAAAUGUUUCCAAUUACCAUCUCUCUCUCUUUCCCAUCACACUUCCAGCAUUUGCUCUCUGAGGAAAAUUUCUGAUAUUUGCUUGAGGUAUAAAAAUAUCUGUGAAAACAUUCCAAGCAAAAAUCCUAAAUCUUCUGUACUUUGCUGCAUACUACCUGUUAGACUUCUUUAAGUAUUGAAGUUGCAUGUAUCUGUCAUUUUACUAUGCUUACCUUGAAAACACCCAAGCUCUUCCAAAUUACAUGUGAAGCAGCUUCUCAAAGGAGUCAUGUCCAUCUGUUAAUCCUUAGAUUGCCUCCUUUUAUCGAGCUGUUGUUGUGCAACUCAUAUAGCUACUGUGGAAAAAAAUGUUUUAGUGGCUAUCAACUCUACUAGAAGUUUAAAACUAUGGGCACUCUCAUGCAAGGAUCCUUAUCUCAUCAUCCUGAAGGGGAUAGAGUCACUUUAUUUCAGUAAUGAAAGAAGAGUUAGUGUUGAGUGAGUUAUCCAGGAAAAGAGCUGUUCACUUCUCUGUUUUUACCCUACCAUCCACCACACCCCCAAAAAAGAGGGAGAGAAAGUAAAGACCUUGCUUUCCCUAGAUGUACAUAGAUAAUGGCAAUUUUAUUUGGGCAAAACAAAAGAUUUGUGUCCCUUGCUCAAAGUAGGGAGGGCAGACGUGUUUCUCAUUAAACUAUUUCCAAAUAAGUAAUUCAUUGCAUCUCUUUCUGAUAUUCAUUCCAUGACAAGACUGUCCCAGGGCAAAUGAGUUCACAUUUUAUUGGGGCCACUUUUGCCACCACUGCUGGAAUUCCUUAAAGGAGUCAUUGCACAUUCCAUUUUGAAAGUAGCUUCCUGGCCAUAAUUUCAGUCUUUUACAAAACUCUACAACUUGGAUAGCUGGAGGACUUUGCCAUAGCCAUUUUCUGGGACUCAUACAAACCAUUCCUUUUCAAGUCCAGCCCUCCUCCAAGGCUCACAUGCUUUAAGAAUCCUGCCAACAGUUUACACCCUACUACAGCAGUAAGAUGAACAAAGUAAAGAUGUAUUAGGACCUUACAGUACUGUAUUUGUGGGUGUUCAAUCCACUGUUGCAGUAAUUUUCCCUCCCUCACCUUUCCUUGAGUCUCUGUAGGGUUGAGGCCGGUACCUACAUAUUCUUAGUCCUUAUCCUCCCUCUUUUUUUCACAUUUACAUGAUUAUAGUCCUACCCAGGUUAACCUAGUGUCUAAAGAGGCAGAUUACCAGCUCCCUUCUGGUUUGGUAAUCCUGGUAGAGGUCAGCUUUAUACAGGAAUUUUGACAUGGUCUUGUCUCGGACCUCACCACAAGUGUGAACCACAGUAAGAAAAAGAGAGAGAUGGCAUUGUGGAUAUUCCACUUAUACCACUGAUUUGUUUAUGUCCAGGUAGGAGGGUGUCAGCCCAGCUAGAAGGUUUAAGGGUGCAAAGGUCUUGAAGUCAGACCAGACGUUAUGCAUUCUGCAACAGAAGUCCUGAGGUGUCAUCACCAUUGUAACAGUGGACACACUGGAACAUCUAGAAUUAUGGCAGGUUCUAAGCACAGCUGUACUUUUACUUUAAUACCACAUUUGCCAGUAGGUUGAAGUGUUGAUUGUAAUUUUUGAACUUUAGAUGAAAAAAGAAAGAAAAAUAAAUCAGUAUUGAACACACUACAAUGUGAAAAACAUCUUGCACUGUCAUUCACCAGGUGAAGUAAAUGUCACUGUAUGAUAUGAGGCUGCAGUUUGGUGCUGUUACUCUAAACAGGUUAAACAUGUGAAACACAGCUGAUGUGAGAUUCUUGCAUGGUUAUUUAGUGUCUUAGCAGAGCAACAUAGAAUUAAUUGGAGAACAGGCAGCAUUUACAAGGAUUAACAUGCAUUUGAUUCUUAUUUAGAGUAAAGCAUUUGUUGGGCUCUUCCUUUCCAGGGUAAUUUCCAACAUGUAGUAAAAAAAAGAAAAAAAUGUAACCUAGAAUUAACAGAAGAACCCACACCGGGUAUUACAGUUGCUGUUGUACGUAAAAUGUUUCAAAAACAUUUACCUUGCUUAUUUUGUUGUUAACAUGCAGACUAGUUCUCCUGACAUUUAUUCUGGCAUGAAGUAAAAACAUACAGAAUGAGAUUUAGACCAAAGUAUGUGAAAAGAAAAACCAAAGUACUGGUAGUAAUAAUAAUUCCGUAACACUAAAGCCAUUCAGCUGUCUCUGUAAAUACUGUUUUUACAUUGUUAAAUUUGAACAUUUGUAAUCCGUUUUUUCAAAAAUAAACAAGAAUCUAAAAGUUA